AUGGCCAACAACACCAUGAACCGAAAUAGGCCUGAUAAUGACCCGGAAGAUGAAGCAAACAACCACAAAGGGAAUACCCCUCCAGUCCAUGCACCUCCACCUUUCUACUACUUGCCUAAGGACCGUUUCUACCCAAAUUCAUUUCUUCUAGCACGUCAACAGCAACCGUGUCUCCGUAGCAUGUACCAACAUAGAGAACUAAAUUUACUGCCGAGGGGCCACGUACUUAUCCACAAUGGCCAGAGCAAUACUAUUCCUGCACAACGAGAGACGGUCCACCAAGACAACCUUGUCAUACAUGUGGAGUCCAACACGGCCAUUAAUCAACCAGAAUCUGUGCAUUCCGAUAGAGACUGUACUCUCGGGACAUGUGUCCUAGGCUUAUUGGGACCUUUAGGGACUCCUGGAUUUGUGAUAGGUGGUAGUGGACCCCACACGGGUACCGUGGACCUAGUUUGGGAAGACUAA